GUUGUGGCCAGGUCUCAGGCUCUGUGCUGCAUUUCAAACCAGUGCAGGCUUGCUCGGGGCCAUCAGGUGAGAAACCAGGAACUGUCAAUUUCUGCCUUUCUUGUUCAAACACCAACACAGUUCCUAUUAUUUUUUGCAGCUGGAGGGGAGCAGCAGCACUCACAAUUAAUAUAAAACGUAUUGUCUCUAUUUCAUGAGUACAGAAAUACCAGCAUGAAAAGAACUGCUACUUGAAAGAACCAAGAGCAAACAAAAGCUAGUGCUGUCAUUUAUCAUCUUUAUCUGCUAUAUUGCAUCUUCAGCUGCUUCUUUCAUGAUGGCACCACUCUUAGAAUUUCUGCUGGCAGUGUUUCUUUUUUUCGCUUAUGCCUCUAAACUUAAUGAGAAGUUUAAAGGACUCUACUGGCCUUUGACGGAUUUCUUGCGGUGCGUCACUGCUGCUAUUAUUUACUUUGCCAUCUCAAUUGCUGCUGUCUCAAAAUAUACUGAUGGAGCAUCUAAAGCAGCUGGAGUGUUUGGAUUUGUAGCCACAAUAGUGUAUGCCAUUGAUUUCUACAUAACCUUCAAUGACCUGGUUACAUUUCUCAAACAAGGCACUUCUAGUCCCCCUGAGGGCGAUGAAGAUUCUGAUUCCGAUUCUGACUGAAGAACAGGACAGCAAUGAGUUGUAAAGGGAAGAUGAUCAAGCACUUUCCUCUUUGCUGAAUGCACUGCCAAUUGAAAUAUUUCCCUUUCACUCUUGGUAUCCUCUUUUCACUGCUUAUAGAAUCACAACAGCAUAGGACAGUGGUGUGGAAGAGGAGACUAUUCAGUACCACUGAACACUCCCUUCAGAAUAAUUUUAACAGUAGUUCAAUCUGCAACAUAGGUCUGUGUCUGAACAAGUGUCCCCCUUUUUCUUCUUUACUCAGCUCUACAACAUACUGAGUAAACAGAAACAUAGUAUUUUAAACUUAUAGCAGAGCUUUUAAUAUUCUUUCUUAAUUCCAAAUCUUUAACACUUAACAAACUUUUAUACUUCUUGCUGUGCCAAAGCUGAGGUACAGAAUGCCUCUACUUUAUUUGUAUUUUUCUAGAUUAACAAAUAGUAUUUCUUUAAAGUCUGGAUAUUAUCUCAAGCAUUGAAGGCACAGAUUAUAGUUAAUGUGCUGGUUUCAGUGCAUGCAUAUCUGCUGCCUGUCUGUGACAGAAAGAAAUGACAACUGGAAAUCUGCACCAAGAUCAAAUCUCAAAGGAUAAUUGUGCCUCUGGUUAGCUGGUCUAUCAGACAUUUAAUUCCAUUUUUUUUAAGCUGCUUGGAUGGGAUCACGUGCCAUCUUUUCCAAUUGUACCACAGAUACCAGGCAGAACAGAAGAGGCAUUUAUUUACUGGCCCUUUGCUCCCAUUUGUGUGGAAGCCCUUGUACAUGUUUGCACACACUGGUAAGGAAGGCUUAGGCUUGCCAAAUACCUCCCGAUGACACUAUUCUCCAGUCAAAGCCUACAAAUUGUUUGUGUGUGAGAUACUGCUGGUGUGACCUCAUGCUCCGUGUUCUUCACCUUGGUUCUCCUAUGAAAAGUAGUGCUGGACUUGGUCCACUCUAUGCACAGUUGAAAGCUGUGCUGCUGAAGCACACCAGACAAACCAGAGGAUUCUCUGAACUUGGAUACCUGGGCCCUAAGAGGGCAAUACUCCCUUCUCCCUGUGAAAAUGUAAAAUCAACCUCCAAACUAAAGAAUGUCUUUGCAGUGAAAUUCAUUUUCACAGUCCCUCUAGGCCUUUUUUUUUUUUUUAAUACUCCUUUCUCUGAAAGGACAUUAUUCAUCUCUUGGGUCUAGUAUUUUGAGGAAGAAAAAUCUUUUGACUUUACAAGGCUUUUUUUCCUCCAAGAGUAGCACAACCUACCUUGACAUAUUUGUGUCCAUAUAUAAAUACCCACUACUCAUGUAAAAAGCAUAGCAUGUCCCUCAUAUAUGGUAUCUGACAGACCUAUUUCAGAGAAACCCUUAUACGUUAAAGAACAUUUACUAUAGUUCUAGGACAGGUGGCUUUAACAAAAAAUAAUUAAAACAAGAGCAGAUGGUACUAAUAAAGUAAAUGAAAAACAGAGUUAAAACCAUAAAGGCAGAUUUGGAACAAAAUUACUGCCUGCGUUCCAAUUCCCUGCUAGCAGCUGGCUGCUACCUGGCAAAAACAUGGUACCCAACAGCACACAGGUAUUUGGGAAACUGAUCUGGCCAGAUAAGGAGACAUCUAACAGGGAGUCUCUACAACUUGUUUCCAGACCACUAGAGGAAUAAAAGCAAAACAAAUUUUUGCUUCCAAAUGUGAUAAAUUCUUUGCUUUUAUGAAAGAGCUCUAUGGACCUUUUCCUGUAUGGAAUUCCACAUUUCUUUUCUCUUUACUGUCAAGUUUUACUGACACUGACUGUGAUGUCAGAGGACCUGGGCUCAUUUUUAUAUUCAAUUUUUUGUAUUUUUUUAAAAAAAGUAUUGCAUGUCACAGCUAGUAACUAGUACAUGGUUAACAUAUAGAAACCAUGCUGAAUUAAACCUCUUUUAAUAGAA